AUGAACGUUCCAAGGAGAAGCAGUGAUCGAAUAAAAUUGGAGCAAGCGGAUGGGGAGUCAGGCAAAGAUGAUGUAGAUUCAGGCGGAGAAGACUCGAAUCAAUCAGAACAACAUGAAAAUAACUUGGAUGAAGGAUGUGGGACAGAAGAUGAGGAAACUUUGAAUAUUUCGGACGAGGAAAACUGUGAAAGAGAAAAUUGGAACGGGGAAAUACGCCAAGUGGAAAAUUUCACUGAAAUGGACAAUCUGGAGUAUGACGUAGAAACUGCAAAUGUGAAUGAGAAUCGAGUUAUUUUGGAAAACAACUAUUUGGAUGAACUGGAUUACCGUCUGCAAGCUUAUGUGAAUUUUGUUGUUAGCGAAGGUAUUUCGAACAAAUGUAUUGAACGUAUGGACGGUUUGAUGACUGUGUUGUAUGGCAGUGAGCCUAUCUUUUCGAAAUCUGACGUGCUGAAUGUAAUAUCUGAGAUGAGGAAAUCAGUAGUAAUGGAAACGAAGUACUACUGUAACCGAUGUGGUGGCAAGAAAACAGGGAAGAGAGUGAACUGCAGCAAGUGCAAGUUUUCAGCAAAAAAUUUACUGGAAACCGUAACGUUUGUGAAGUGUGAUGUAAACUGGCAACUGAAGCAGUUUCUGAAAACACACGGAUUCGAAAUCGUUUUGGCCCAUCAAAAGAUUCAUAACUCACUGGAACAAUUCAGACCACAAGAUAUUCGUCGAUAUCCGAAAUACAGAAGCCUAAUGGAGACUGUCGAGCAGUUUGAAAGGAAACAGUUGAAUUUGAUGUGUACGUACUCUUCUGACGGUGCGCUUUUCAAGAGAAUUUCAAGAAGGGAAGCUACACCAGUAUAUCUGAAUAUUGAAGGAGUGGACAUCGAAACGAAGAAAGCAGGAAAUGCAAUCUCUCUAUUGGCCCUAUCUUUCAGUGAUGGAGGAGUUAAAAAAAGCUUAAUUCAAGAGAUAGUGGAAAAAACUUUUGGGCCACUCGAAAAUUUGAAAAUCGAAGUUGAUUUAUUGGGGAACAAAUACUCCUUCAAGGUUCGAGUGAUGAGUGUUUUAUGUGACAUGAAAGAGCAAGCUGCCUUAACAUCCCUCCCUAACUGGAAUCAGAUUCAAGGUUGUUCAAAGUGUUUGACUGUUGGAAGGAAGAAAAGCAAUGGAAAAGUAACUUAUGACAACUACUAUCAAUCAAGAUUAAGAACUGAUGACGAAAUGCUACUUUCUUCCGAAAACCAGGAGCAUGGCUACACUUGUGAGACCGUUCCAGAAAUAUACAGAUACGUUGUGCCCACGUCUGUUGAUGUUGAUCCCUUUCACAUUAGAGGAAUGGGUGUGUCCAAACAAAUCGUUUCUGAGUUUCUGAAAGUGGACAAAUGGAGAAGUUGCCGAAUGAACGAUAUUGAGAGGGAUAUGUUAAAACAAUCUAUCGAUAAUAUUGUACCGUUUACAUCUGAAACUGUGAAAACUCAGUCGUUCAAAAAAUUGAGUAAAUUGACUGGUCGGGAAUAUGACAAGCUAGCCCUCAACUUGUGCGCUCUCAUUGGACUCGUGGGACCGUAUCAGUGCGUUGAUUGGAAUGCUUUGUACUUGGGUUGGCAUUUCAGUUUGGAGUUUUUAGGCUCGGUACUUGGUGUUCCAUUAAGUAUUCGAGAUUUGUUGAACUCCUGCUAUGAGAUGCAUGUAUUUCUCGAAAAGGACUCAAUCACUAUGAAAUGGCAUUCGUUCUAUAGACAUCUACUGGAUCACGAAACCCAGUACGGUGCGUUGCACACUACAGAAAUUUACGAACGAGAGCACAAAACUAUGAUGACGACCUUACAUCAUCAGAGCUCGAACUGUGAGAACAUUGUAGUGUCGCGAUAUUGUGCAAGAAAAAUAAUGAUGGAAUGUCUUAACUUCAAGCUUCCGGGUCUAACACCAUCAAUCAGAGAAAAUGUAGAAAAAAGUAUGAGAAGAUCAGAUUCAUUCAUUUUUGAUAUUUUUAAACCGUCCAAUACGUUGAGUAAAGAAGAACUUAUACGUGAACAUCAAGCACUUCUCGAUCAUUUCAACCUUCCAGUAGACGUGAAAUUCCAUAAACGUGCUUAUGCGACUAGUGUAAUAGGAUCUUACGCAAUUUCUGCUGAUGCCUACUGGAAAAACGAACGAUCGGCAUCUUCUUUUGUAAUGUUCACUGACUCAAUUUCCGGAGCUUUCAAAUUCGGACAAAUUCAACUUUUGUUUUCACACACGUCGUCUACCUACCUUUUAUGUACCGAAUUCGAAUUAGAACCUCUAUUGUUGACCGUCCAGAAUUGGAAAAACUCUAAUAUGUCACUCAUUGCUAGAAAAGUUGUAGACGCUUGUUUAGCUUUCCCAUCGACUAUCGGAAAGAUUGUCGGUGAGAAAUACUCUAUUGUAUCAUUAUCUUCUGUUAUCUGUCCAUCUAUUAUCAUUUCUUUUGCUGGUCACAGAUUUAUUAAAAUGUCAUCUUGA